AUGCUGGGUUGACCAAGGUAAAAAAAAAAUAUAUUGUAAGCAGUAAAGAAUAAUUCACGUUAUUAAAUCUAUAGUGUUUUGUUAUUUUCUUGAGACAGAAUCUCACUUAGUCGCUCCCGGUAGAGUGCUGUAGCGUCACAGCUCAAAGCAACCUCAAACUCCUGGGCUCCGGCGAUCCUUCUGCCUGUAGCUGGGACUACAGGCGCCCGCCACAACGCCCGGCUAGCUUUUCUAUUUUUGGUAGAGAAGGGGUCUCGCUCUUGCUCAGGGUGGUCUACAACUCCCCAACCCCCCAAGCAAUCCACCCGCCUCGUUCUCCCGGAGUGCAAGGAUUACAGGUAUGAGUCACCGCGCCCGGCCUCUGGCGUCCUUUUUAACCGGGUGAGACUGAUGAAUCCAGCAACUGGGUUGCGUCGCUGUUGGUUACGCCUCUCGGGUGUCCCCAGUCCCGGGAAAACACGCGACGGAGAGCGUUCACCCAGCCACAGGCACUGCGUGGUCCGCAAGGCAGGCCUUCGGGGAGGCGUACGGACAAGAGGCAGGAGCCAGAGAAGGGAGGGAGGGCCUCGAGUCUUCCGACCGGGCGGCGCUCGGAGGAGAUGCCCGGCCACAGCCUAGCGCGGCUCACAGCCCACGUCUGUUUCAAAUGCACUCACCCACGCCUUUCCUCCGCUAGCAAGAUGUUUAUGCAAGUCAGUUCGCGGUAGCGACGCUUGUCAGAGAGAAAACCCGCGCGGGCGCGGAGGGGAGCGGCGGAGCUGGAGCCUGCAGAGCGCCGCGAGCAGCCGCGCUCCAGCCGGCGACGGAGCAAACAGGCGCUGUGCGGGGAAAAAGAGAAGCGGCAGGAUGACAGUCCCCAGAGCAGGCGCCUUCGAAGGCCGGAGCGUUUAGUAAGGGCACAGUCUUCACGUUUGUACCCCGUAACCUGUCGCACCGCCCCCUGCACCGCCCCCCGCCCGCUCCGGAGCGUGUCCCGCGAGGCCACCCGCAGCCCCAGGGCGCAUGCGUGCUGCUCGGCCCUGCUGGAUUCGCAGGCGGAGUGAAUCAAAGGUCGAGCUGAGCGAUGCGCAGUCUUAAGUGCCGAUUCCAGAGAACCAGCCCCCAACCGUCGGCUCCCCCAAGCCGGCUCCGAGGCUUUGCGAGACGCGGGAAGCAGCUCUGCCGGACUCAGAAACGCGAGUAUAUUUCGGGGGCAUCCUCCUGAGCUACCUUUUCCACAAGAUGUUGGGAUUUUUGAAGCAUCCUGUCGUGGUGACCACUGACAUCAACCUGACGGUUGUGCUUCUCACCGGGGUGGGGUUGCUGAGCCGACUGUGGCAGCUGUCCUACCCUCGGGCUGUGGUUUUUGAUGAGGUAUAUUAUGGGCAAUACAUCUCUUUUUACAUGAAACGAGUCUUCUUUUUGGAUGACAGUGGACCACCGUUUGGCCAUAUGCUGCUGGCACUGGGAGGUUAUUUAGGAGGAUUUGAUGGUAACUUCUUGUGGAACAGAAUUGGAGCAGAGUAUAGUAGCAACGUGCCUGUGUGGUCCCUGCGCCUGCUGCCAGCACUCGCAGGGGCCUUGUCAGUCCCCAUGGCCUACCAGAUAGUGUCAGAGCUCCACUUCUCGCAUUGUGCUGCCAUGGGAGCUGCUCUGUUGAUGCUCAUUGAGAAUGCUCUGAUCACCCAGUCAAGGCUGAUGCUUUUGGAAUCAGUGUUAAUAUUUUUUAAUCUAUUGGCCGUGUUGUCCUACCUGAAGUUCUCCAACUCCCAAAAACACAGCCCUUUCUCUCUGAGCUGGUGGUUUUGGCUGACACUGACUGGGGUUGCUUGUUCCUGUGCAGUGGGCAUCAAAUACAUGGGUGUGUUCACGUACUUACUGGUGCUCAGUGUUGCAGCCGUCCAUGCCUGGCACCUGAUUGGAGACCGGACCUUGUCCACUGUCUGCGUGUUUUGCCACUUGCUGGCCAGGGCAGUGGCUUUGGUGGCCAUCCCAGCCAUCCUGUAUGUGCUGUUCUUCUAUGUCCACCUGCUUUUGCUCUACCGCUCGGGGCCCCAUGACCAGAUCAUGUCCAGUGCCUUCCAGGCUAGCUUAGAGGGAGGACUAGCGCGGAUCACGCAAGGCCAGCCGCUGGAGGUGGCCUUCGGGUCGCAGGUCACUCUGAGGAGCGUCUUAGGCAAGCCCUUGCCCUGCUGGCUUCAUUCCCACCAGAACACCUACCCCAUGAUAUAUGAGAAUGGCCGAGGCAGCUCCCACCAGCAGCAGGUGACCUGUUACCCCUUCAAAGAUGUCAACAACUGGUGGAUUGUAAAGGAUCCUGGGAGGCACCAGCUGGUUGUGAGCAGCCCUCCCAGACCCGUGCGGCACGGAGACUUGGUGCAACUUGUCCACGGCAUGACCACCCGCUUCCUCAACACUCAUGAUGUGGCCGCCCCUCUGACCCCCCACUCCCAGGAGGUCUCCUGCUACAUCGACUACAACGUUUCCAUGCCAUCCCAGAACCUCUGGAGACUGGAAAUUAUAAACAGAGAGUCGGACACAGACGUCUGGAAGAAUAUCUUGUCAGAGGUCCGCUUGGUGCACGUGAAUACUUCGGCUAUCCUCAAGCUGAGUGGGGCUCACCUCCCUGACUGGGGGUUCCGACAGCUGGAGAUCGUUGGGGAGAAGCUGCCCCGGGGCUCCCAUGGGAGCACGGCGUGGACAGUGGAGGAGCACCGCUAUGGCAAAAGCCAGGAGCAGAAGGAGAGGGAGCUGGAGCUGCACUCUCCCACGCAGGUCGACAUCACCAAGAACCUCAGCUUCAUGGCCAGAUUCUCAGAGCUGCAGUGGAGGAUGCUGACGCUGAGAAGUGACAACUCAGAGCACAAGUACAGCUCCUCCCCCCUGGACUGGGUCACGCUGGACACCAACAUCGCCUACUGGCUGCACCCCAGGACCAGUGCUCAGAUCCACCUGCUCGGAAACAUAGUGAUCUGGGUUUCGGGCAGCCUUGCCAUGGCUGUCUAUAUCCUGCUCUUCUUGUGGUACCUGCUCCGACGGCGAAGAAACGUGUAUGACCUGCCUGAGGACGCCUGGCAGCACUGGGUGCUGGCUGGGGCCCUGUGUGUCGGGGGCUGGGCAGUGAACUACCUGCCCUUUUUCCUCAUGGAGAAGACACUCUUCCUCUACCACUAUCUGCCUGCACUCACCUUCCAGAUCCUCCUGCUCCCUGUGGUCCUGCAGCACGCCAGCGACUACCUGUGCAGGUCCCAGCUCCAGAGGAGUGUUCUCAGCACCCUGGUCGUGGCCUGGUGCUCCUCUGUGUGUCACGUGUCCAAUGUGCUGCGCCCCCUGACCUACGGUGACAGGGAGCUCUCCCCAGAUCAACUCAGGGCCCUUCGCUGGAAAGAUAGCUGGGACAUCUUGAUCCGAAAAUACUAGAACUCGUGGAGAAUGUCUGCACUGGGUCAGGACACGGUUGCAGGCCUCUUGUCACCAUGUUCAACAAGCAGAGAGGCUCCACCACUGAGGACUGGCCUUGCCCACAGCCACAGGUUGGUGUUUGGCCUGAUGGCCCCGACCCUCCCUUAUGAACACCCCUGGGCCUAAGCAGGGCCGUAGCCCUGCCUCCAGCAUCACCGGGAGAACCCUC